AUGGGUUCGAUUUGUUCUUGUUUGAGUGUUGAUGAUUUGGAAGAUUAUAUGAAUCCACAUAGCCAUGUAUACAGAAACUGCGUGUGCACCGGUUGCUUCCUACAAAACAUUUUGGCUGUUUAUUCAUUAGUAUUUCGUAGAGGGGAAAUGCAUGUGCUUCCUUCAUCUGUACAGGGGGCAGCAUCUAUGACGACUUCCGCAUCACUUGACAAUUCCCUAUCUGAAAUGUACCGUUCUCCUCCAAGACCGCUCCCUUAUGAUGCAGACCCUAGGCAUUUCCGCUCACAACACGACGGACUAGUUUCAAGACGGGAAAAGGGUUCCAGUCAUUUGAACGAGGAGUCAGAACUUCUAAGAGGUGAUGUGGAUGCAGAUGCAGAAUCUUUUAAUUCGAGUGGUAAAUGGAAUGAAUCCACCGGCAAAGAUGGAUCAAAAGAAUACCGUUCCAAGUCCUCAGUUAGACUUUCGUCAGCAAAACUUACAACUGGAGACGCUCUUGUGUACCCGUCAUCAGAAGAGGAGGAUGUUUGUCCAACUUGUCUUGAAGAAUACACUGAAGAGAAUCCGAAGAUUAUGACAAAAUGUUCGCAUCAUUAUCAUCUUGGUUGCAUAUACGAGUGGAUGGAAAGAAGUGACAGCUGUCCUGUUUGUGGGAAGGUGAUGUUAUUCGAUGAAACGGCCUGA